AUGGCACCGCUCACCUCCAUCCGGACGUCUGAGGACAAGAUCGAGAUUGUGAACCAGCUCGUGCUCCCGCAUACCGUUGAAUGGCUCAAGAUUGACACCAUCGAAGAGGCGCAUGCUGCAAUCAAGACUAUGCAGAUUCGUGGCGCACCAGCUAUUGCUUCACUGGCUGCUCUUACUUUCGCACAAAACUUAGAGCGCGCGCUCAAGACUGAGCCUGCACCGGCCUUUCUAUCAUCAACCGACGCCCUCCGAGCUCACGUAGAGCCUCAGCUCGCGUAUCUAUACACCGCUCGACCGACAGCAGUCAACCUUGGCGAGGCGACUCGGCGUCUUACACGGGUUCUAAAUGCGGAACUCGAGACUGGCAAGGAUGCCCGCACCGUCGCUGCAGAACUAGUGAAAGUUGGCAAGCAAGUAGCAGAUGAGGACGUCGGAAGGAACCGGGAGAUGAGCAGACUGGGUGCGGAAUGGCUGCAGGAGGAGACGAAGAAGUUGGGGACUUCGCAGGAUGGUUCUGGACUGAACGUCAUGACGGUCUGCAAUACUGGCUCUUUGGCCACUUCGGGAUACGGCACUGCGCUCGGCUUGAUCACGCAUCUCUUCGAGACUGGCAAACUUAACCGAGCGUACUACACUCAAAGCGCACCGUACCAUCAAGGCUCUCGCCUCACUGCUUUUGAGCUUAAAAGCCUUGGUGUUCCGAGCACAAUGAUCGUGGACACGAUGGUCGGCUCGUUAUUCCAACACUACCCAAUUCAUGGGAUUGCCAUUGGCGCUGACCGCAUUGCCGCGAACGGCGACACGGCAAACAAGAUCGGGAGCUACAACGCCGCCGUGCUUGCUGCCCGACACAAGAUCCCGUUCAUCGUCGUAGCGCCCGUUACGACAGUCGACCUUUCAAUUUCGAGUGGCGCCGAAAUCCCGAUUGAGCAACGUCCCCCGGUCGAGGCCUGCGUAGUACGCGGAGCGCUGUUCCCGCUCGAGGAGGGUCGCCCACAGGCCCGCGUACUUCUCACACCUGAGGGUGUCGCGGAAAGCGAGGGUGGCGUCUAUAAUCCCAGCUUCGAUGUUACUCCGGCUGAACUCAUCAGCGCUAUCGUAACGGAGAAAGGCGUUGCUGCCAGGAGAGCGGAUGGAACGUUUGAUCUCAGCGGCGUUGUGUAA